GGCCUUGAGCAGAGAGGUGGCAUGAUCUGUCGCCUAGCAACAUCUUGUGACAGCUUGUGAUAUAUGGAUCCGCUCUGAAGCCAUCGGUAUCCUUAUCUCAAGACAUCCUGUUGCAGCAAUUGUGCGCUCUGGAAUUCCCCCAAAAAUUGCCCCCCCUUUUUGUCUUUAUAUAUGCUGACUGUGCCUAAAAUAAACGAGACCUUGACGAGCUUCUGCUUGGUCUCCUUCUUUCUGUGCCUCUUUUGUUCCAUUUCAAGAUAUUUCCCCUUCUCGAGCUCUGCUAAUUAUGAGCCCUGCUGGCCGGGGCAAGUGGCGCCCGAAAGUGGGGCUCGAGACAAGGGGUCUUCACCUGGUGGACGCUGCUCGGAAGAUCGGCCGAUCGACCCCAGGACCUCCGACCAGUUGGCGAGUUUGGCUCCACGUGCAGUCCGCUCAGACCCACCCAUCUGAGAAAGCGACCUGUGAGGUCCUCAAAAUCAAGACAACCUCAGCCAUGAAUUUCCAUCUUUUGAUCUUCAUGACCUUCGUUGAAGCUUCCUAUGGCAGAUUUGGUGAUCCCAACCAGGCUCGUCUCAUCCUUCAACAGCGCCAAGGAAAACCAUGCCAAUGUCUUGGAGGCACUUCUAUCUUCUUUACAGUCCCCCUCGCAGGGACCUAUUGAAGCCAGGACUGUGGGGAUAAAAUAGCUUAUCUUGACUUUGGUGGCUUACAUAAAGCUAAAGACCUCAAGGACCCCGCCGGACAUAACUCAUGGACCAAUGUUGGCCAUAAUAAUAGGGCUUAUGCUAAAUGGCAAUGCAUCCCUAAACCUAAGCCACUCCCUCAACCAAAGGAAGGGGGACUCCCCCCUUGCCCCUGUAAUAUAUUUAAAGAAUCCAUACAUAGCAGCUAUUAUACGUCUUAUCAGGAAUGUGCCUCAGGGAAUAAAACAUAUUAUACCGCCACCCUUAUUAAGACACAAUCAGCAGUCUUGGGAGGUGAUUGGUCCAUUAAUCCCCAAGUCCUUGGACAGACCAAUAAACUCAUGACUGCCGGAUGUUCUGGGACAGUUGGACAACUGGUAUGUUGGCAACGUUCACCCUCUGUCUAUAUUACAGAUGGAGGCAGUCCACAAGAUCAGGUCAAACAAUUAUAUGUCAAGGACCGCAUCAAUCAAAUUAUAGAAGCCCAAUACCCUUCCCUUAGAUAUCAUCCCUUAGCCAAUAUUCACUCUCGUAUGGAGGAUAAACUAGAUGUAGCCACCCUUGAUAUUUUGGCCCAUACCCAUCAGCUUUUAAAUCUCACUAAUCCCUCUUUAGCCCAGGAUUGUUGGUUUUGCCUUAAGCAAGGCCCCCCGAUUCCCUUAGCGUUUCCUCUGCCUAAGGUUACCUUUGAUCUUGAGAUAAGUAAUUGCUCCAUCUCUCCCCCUGUUUUAGUAUCCUUAGAACCUCCCAUAUCUUAUAAUUUCACCCCAAUAUGUCUUUAUAGCUUGCCUUUAAAUGAUAGUUAUGAUAUAGAUGUGGGAUUUAUUACCUUUAUUAAUUAUACUGUUUGUCAAGAAAUUUUUAAUCGUACCACCUUAUGUUCUGGAAAUUCUUCUGUUUUUGUUUGUGGUAAUAAUUAUGUAUAUUCUCUUCUACCUCAAAAUUGGAUGGGUAUAUGUAUAAGUGCUAUUAUUUUACCAAAUAUUGAUAUUAUAUCAGGGGACACUCCUGUCCCAAUAUCCACCUUAGAUUUCAUAGCUGGACGACCUAAAAGAGCAGUCCAACUCAUUCCCUUAAUGGUUGGUUUAGGAAUCUCUGUGGCUGUUGGCACCAGGACCACUGGCUUAGGAGUCUCUUUACAUAAAUAUGCUAAAUUAUCUCGACAAUUGAUUGAUGAUGUUCAAACCUUGUAUGAAACUAUGCAACACCUGCAAGAUCAAAUUGAUUCCCUUGCAGAGGUUGUCCUUCAAAAUAGAAGAAGCUUAGAUUUACUCACCACUGAACAAGGAGGAAUCUGUCUCUCCCUCCAAGAACAAUGUUGUUUUUAUGCAAAUAAGUCUGGUAUUGUCAGGGAUAAAAUUAAAACCUUACAGGAAGAUUUAGAAAAGUGCAGAAAAUAAUUAUAUGAAAAUCCUUUUUGGACUGGGCUCAAUGGAUUUUUGCCUUAUCUCCUCCCUUUACUAGGGCCUUUAUUAGGGCUCUUAAUAUUAUUAUCUAUAGGGCCUCUAUUAUUUAAUAGACUCAUGGCCUUUAUCAAACAGCAGAUAGAUACCAUGCAAGCUAAGUCCAUCCAAAUUCAUUAUCAUCGCCUCAAUUUGAUUGAACAAGGCUAUCCAGAAGAGGAUUGUCCACCUGUCUCCUACUAGGAAUAAUCUCCUUUAAGUCCUGCUAAACCUCCUUUGGAACCUGUCAGUACCCAGAGCUGGCAUAUCCCAAGAUGGAUAUAGGCACCUACAGAGGCCUGGGACAAAGUACCCAGGGAAGGAUAAGACAAACUUGUUUGUCUUUCUGGGUCCUUUGAGGAGCAAGCUUGGUUGCAUAGGGGCUGAUGCCUAAAGUCCAAAACAUGUUUGUGACUGUCCCUCCCCAAAAAUUGGCAUCAAAAAGAACUCGGGGACCCGGCCUCUACUCCCCCUCUGUGGUUAAAGCCUACUGACAAGAUCAGGACACCUGGGAUAGUCUUUCUAAACUAAAUGGCCUCCAUCCCUGGCUUGCAUGAUAUAUAUCUCUUCUUUAUUAUUGUAAAAAGGGAGGAGAUCUAGGGAACCAAAUAUAUAUACUCUCAGAGUUGUUUUUGAGCCUAACAUAACUGCCUCCAUGUCAACGUCUGAAUCACCUCACUGGCAUGAACCUGCCGUUACCCAUGACAACGGCCCUGGGCAGAGAGGUGGCAUGAUCUGUCGCCUAGCAACAUCUUGUGACAGCUUGUGAUAUAUAGAUCCACUCUGAAGCCAACGGUAUCCUUAUCUCAAGACAUCCUGUUGCAGCAAUUGUGUGCUCUGGAAUUCCCCAAAAAAUUGCCCCCUCUCUUUUUUUUGUCUUUAUAUAUGCUGACGGUGCCUAAAAUAAA